UCAGCCUCCUGCUUGGUGGCAUCUGAGGAAUCAGAACAAACUGCCACCACAUUUACAACACAUUGCCAACACGGCUCUCAGGGGAAGAGGAGGAGGAGUUGGGCAACACACAGCAAAUCUCCCCCGCUUCCCACCAAAGUUGUCUCCUUCCUCCAACUCUUUAUUAGCCGUUUGCUUCCUAUUAUUUGUACUUCUCCCUUUUUCUCCUCCUCCUAUUUUAAGAGGGAGGGAGGGAGGAAAGGAGGAAACGGCUGGAAUUGUCUGAUUAAGGUUGGAGAGGGAGAUAGAGAGAGAGAGAGGCGGCCGAGGAAUCAGGGAAGGAUUGUGGGAUUUCUCUCUAUUCCAGCGCCUGAUUUCUGUGAGGCGCCUUCCACAUCUUCCCGCCGAUUUUCUCUUGGGAAGUCUGCAAGUCAAUCAGAACCUUCUCUGUUUCUUUUGUGUGUGUGUGAGAGAGAGAGAGAGAGGUGGUGGGCUGGGAGCAUCACCAGUGGUUCUCUUUCUCUCUCUUUUUCGAUUUGGGUGGUGGUAGUUUUGGUGUUUUGGGUUAUCUGAGAAGGGGAUUUUGGAUAACGGCACGAUGACGCCGGAGGGUGGCUAUUACGCCAACAAGAAGACGGAUGAUAUCUGCGAAGAUUUCUGCGGUGAGGAUUCAUCACCAGCUGCUAGGAGUUUAUCUAGACUGAAAUGUAUCUUCAGAGGAUUGGACUUGAGAGCGUUUCUCCUCCUAUUCGUGGGUGUUCCCCUACUAGUGUUUGCAAUUUACUUGCAUGGUCAGAAAAUUACAUAUUUCCUGCGUCCGAUAUGGGAGAAACCACCAAAACCAUUUAAUAUCAUACCUCAUUAUUAUUAUGAGAAUGCAUCCAUGGAGCACCUCUGCAAGCUUCACGGGUGGGGAGUCCGUGAGUCACCAAGACGGGUUUUUGAUGCAGUGCUGUUCAACAAUGAAGUCGACAUGCUCACAAUCAGAUGGAAAGAGCUAUAUCCAUAUAUCUCACACUUCGUACUUCUUGAAUCAAAUUCUACUUUCACAGGGAGAGUGAAGCCUUUUGUGUAUCAGAACAAUCGACAUCAGUUCGAAUUUGUAGAACCCAGGCUGACCUAUGGAACAAUUGGUGGUAGGUUUAAGAAGGGAGAAAAUCCUUUUGUUGAGGAGGCAUAUCAACGAGUUGCACUAGAUCAUCUUCUUAGGAUUGCAGGUAUAAUGGAUGAUGAUCUUCUGAUUAUGUCUGAUGUUGAUGAAAUUCCAAGCAGGCAUACCAUUAAUCUUUUGAGAUGGUGUGACGAAAUCCCCCCUGUUCUGCACCUGCAGCUUCGAAAUUAUUUAUAUUCAUUUCAGUUUCCUGUUGAUUAUAAGAGUUGGCGUGCAUCUGUACAUAGAUACCAGGCCGGUAAAACAAGGUAUGCGCACUUUCGCCGGACAGAUGAUCUGCUGGCGGAUUCUGGAUGGCAUUGCAGUUUCUGUUUCCGUCAUAUCAGUGAGUUCAUAUUUAAGAUGAAAGCAUACAGUCAUGUAGAUCGAAUUAGGUUCUCUCACUACUUGAAUCCUUCAAGGAUCCAGAGUGUAAUCUGCCAGGGGGCAGACUUAUUUGACAUGCUGCCAGAGGAGUACACGUUCAAGGAAAUUAUUGCGAAACUGGGACCUAUUAAAAGUUCGUAUUCAGCAGUUCACCUUCCAUAUUAUGUCAUAGAGAAUGCAGAUAAAUACAAGUUUCUUUUGCCUGGUAAUUGCUUACGAGAGAGUGGCUAGAGUGGGUGUCAGUGGCUUUUACUUUUCCUGUUCAGCUUGGCUUGUUGCUUGUGCCAAGAGAGUUUGUACCAAAAAAUCUCAUGUAUCUAACGCUGGAGUUGUCUCCUAAAUGAACUUGGACGAUUUAUUGGAGGGGUACAUGAAGACAGCAGGUCUCAAUUUGAGUGGUGAAGUGAUUUCUGUUGGUGGAUACUUGUGUUUUGCCUUCUCUGUAGAAUAUCACUUGUAAGGAGCAAAUGUCUGGUGACAGCCACUGAAUUCGGGGCUACAAGUCUUCUUUUGUAUGAUACCUGCGAUCAAGAGGAUGUGACAGUCAUACGAGCCUGUAUUGUGCUCAGUUUUUGCUUUUGACUUGCAUCUGUUACAUCAGCUCUUUUAGCUUUUCUUUUUACAUUUUGUAUUUACCUCUUAAUUACCUCUACCUUUCUGUUGUGAUUCCUUUUACUGCUUGUAUCUAUUCAUGGAGAAGUUUUAGAAAAAUGGCACUAUUGAGGGAAUGAGCAGCAUUUUAUUUGUUUC